CCUGCAAUCCAAGUUACUGGGAGGCUGAGGCUGGUGAAGCGUUUGAGCUCAGGAGACCUGAGCUGCAGCGGACUAUGCCGAUCGGGUGUCCGCACUAAGUUCGGUAUCGAUAUGGUGCUCUUGGGGGAGCUCGGGACCACCAGGUCGUCUAAGGAGGGGUGCAUCGGCCAAGGCCGGAGACGGAGCAGGCCAAAGCCCCCGUGCCGCUCAGUAGUAGGAUCGCGCCUCUGAAUAGACGCUGUAGAGCAGCCUGUGCAAUACAGCGGGACCCAGUCUUUUUAACUCACAAAUAAAAUACGACAACACGACACUCCAACAUUAUAUUUUUCCACCACACAGCAGCUUCAUCACUGCCUUUUUUAAUCCAAGUUACUGGGAGGCUGAGGCUGGUGAAGCGUUUGAGCUCAGGAGUUACUUUAAGUAAUUGGAAUGUUUUUUUUCAUAAAGUUAAUCUUUAAACCAAUGAACUGAGUUGGCACCUGGGAUGUUGAGGUUAAACUCUUCUGCAUUAUGUACCUUAAUGUUUAUAUUCCUUAAUAAUUCGGGCCAACAUGUUCUGCUUCACUUAAGACGACUCCUACAGUGCGUUUCACCGCGUUGAGGACGAUCCCAUCACAAAGUACCUACAACAGCCGCUGUAUUUCGAGGUGGAACUGAUGGGAUCUUACAACCCUAAAGUAUAUCUUGAGCUGGCGCACUGCUGGGCGACGCUGGAGGAGGACAAGAUGUCCCUCCCUCAAUGGGACCUCAUUGUUAACGGUUGUGCAAACUCAACGGACCCGCACCCAGUGAUCUUCCACUCUGUUUUGCCUAAGGGCAGAGAUCAUUAUCCUUCCAGCUUCAAGCGGUUUGAGGUCCCGAUGUUUACCUUUGCUGAAGACAAGGAUAACUUGAACCGCCAGGUCUUUGUCCACUGUGAGGUGGUCAUCUGUGAUGUUAGAAAUCCAGUGGAUGUGCAGUGUUCAGACCAGGACAAGACGAUGAAGGGUCAAAAACUUGCCGUUUCAGAUGACCCUGGUUUCAAAAGCGUGACUUCAGCACCAAUCAUUAUAAUGCGCUCCUAA